GAUCUAGGACUAAGGAAGGUGGAAGUGAAGACUGACUCUUAUGAGGCUUACACUCUUCUAUCGCAAUCUCAAGUUGUGUGUCAUUCAAGCAGAGUCUUAAUCGCCAAAUGCACGAAACUGCUGAGAGAAAGUAAUAGCCAAAUCACCCAUUUGCCGCGAGAAGAAAAUCAAUGUGCCGAUGCCCUUGAAAAUUUGGGAGAACAUCAAUUGGAGAAAUUCAUCAAGUUUGGCACACCGCCAACGGAGCUUAAUCGUUUACUGGAGACAAAUCUUCCUA